CCGCCUCCCGGGUUCCAACGAUUCUCCUGCCUCAGCCUCCCGAGUAGUUGGGAUUAUUACAGGCGCCCGCCACCACACCCGGCUAUUUUUUGUAUUUCUAGUAGACACGGGGUUUCACCAUGUUGGCCAAGCUGGUGUCGAACUCCUGAUCUCGUGAUCCGCCCCGCCUCGGCCUCCCAAAGUGCUGGGAUUACAGGCGUGAGCCGCCGCACCCGGCCCGCCUAAGCUUGUUUUUACCGCCAGGAGGUGCCCUUGGACCACGGCUGAAUUUUGAACGUUAGACAGUCGGGAAACUCACAGUUGCCUAGACUUCCAGCUUGGUGUGUACGAGGAGACCCUGUCCCACCCCAAAACUAGGGACCUCGCUGGGCCUCUCCACCAAGUAUUCCUCUGGUGUGCUCACCACAGACCAGGACUGUGAUGGACACACAAUGAGAGAGAGAGAACCAGACCACGGAUACUCACGAGCAAACAAAACAUGACUAAGCGUAGCCUGGGUAGCAAUGCCUCUUAGGCCUGUCCCAGUUCUGCCAGGUUAUCUUUCUGCUCCUUGGUUCUCAGUUUCCGUACCAAUAAAUAACACGUCUGCAAUGACAAACUUUAAAAUAAUGUUUAAAGCGCUACAAAACAAUGACUAGUUUUGCUUAAAAUGUGGCGCACCUCUAUUUUUGAAAUGUUGCCCCAAGCUGCCACAGAUGCCGGCCAGCCCGCUACAAAAGCCCCUUUUUAGGGCCCUCGGGGAGAUUCCCCUUUGUCAUUAGCUCCCCGCCCCGCUCAGAGGGCCCAAGAGCAGGACCCAUUGUGAUGGUGAGUGACUCCCCGAGGCCUCCGCUUCUCUAGGCGGUGGUUGCGUCCAGAGCCCCUCUGACGCAGCAGGGGCGACCCUUUCCAGGGUGGUGACUGGCUGUCUGGGGCUGGGGGUGGGCUGACCUCCGCGGCGCCGCGCCGCCACCCACAGGCCCCGCCCCCGUGCUGUGCGGUCAUUUGUAUGCAGCCUCGGGAUUGGUCACUCGGCUCCCGCGAGGGGAAGGGGAGGGAAGCAGCGCGUACUCGCGCGUGCGUGAGCUGGCGCGCGAGAAAGGGCCCGGUCGCGUCGAGGUUCGAGCGGCCGUCGCCAUUUUGUAGGGUUCUCUCUGACGCGGGAGCCGCUGCCGCUGCCGCCACCCGGAGGUGCGAGGGGGUCUUGUGUGUGUGAUGUGGGGAGCUCGGGGGCGGGUCGGGCCGGGCCGGGCCUCUGGCAGACGGCACGGCCCGGAUUUGGGUUUCUCAUUUUGCAGCGGGAGGUCCGGGAAGACAACGGGAGGUCCGGGAAGACAACGGGAGGAGGCGGGGCCGGGUCUCCGGAAGGAGGCGGGGCAGGGGUCGGGUCCAGUCUUUGUUGGGGCGAAGAAGCUGGAGGGUGGGCCGCUGGGGGGCGGGGUAGUUGGUCCCCGGUUUCGGGGAAAGGGGACUUUUUUCUUUUAGAGUAUCUUGAAAGGCGCUAGUGCGCGGAGGAGAGGUACACAAAUUUCCCUCCAAAACCUUGUUACCAGGCGCACUGCGAUUGAUGCCCCUUGCCUUUGCCUGGGCUUUUCUCUUUCCUCAUUUUAAGACAUGAAACAGCUAAUUCUGGUAUUUCAUUGCGCUCCACUUCACGGAGAUGAUAGACUGUGCUAUAUGCAUGCUGACCCUCGACCUCCUGUUUGCAUGUCACACAUAGCUCGCACUUCUCGAGAACAAACCGCCCUUCUUCUAUUGAGGAAGAAUAAUGAAUGGCUAUACGAGGGUCUUGAAGGUGCAAGAACUUUGGAGGAUUAGACGAAAAUGCUGCAGUGCACCGAAAUUUCCCACCACACCCCUGACUUUUGAAGUCUUGUUUUUUUCCCCCAGGCUCUUGUCAGGAUGGUGAAGCUGUUCAUCGGAAACCUUCCCCGGGAGGCCACAGAGCAGGAGAUUCGCUCUCUUUUCGAACAGUAUGGGAAGGUGCUGGAAUGUGACAUAAUUAAGAACUACGGCUUUGUGCACAUAGAAGACAAAACUGCAGCUGAAGAUGCCAUACGAAACCUGCACCAUUACAAGCUUCAUGGGGUGAACAUCAACGUGGAAGCCAGCAAGAAUAAGAGCAAAGCUUCAACCAAGUUACACGUGGGUAACAUCAGCCCCACUUGUACCAACCAAGAGCUUCGAGCCAAGUUUGAGGAGUAUGGUCCGGUUAUCGAAUGUGACAUCGUGAAAGAUUAUGCCUUCGUACACAUGGAGCGGGCAGAGGAUGCAGUGGAGGCCAUCAGGGGCCUUGACAACACAGAGUUUCAAGGCAAAAGAAUGCAUGUGCAGUUGUCCACAAGCCGGCUUCGGACUGCCCCUGGUAUGGGAGACCAGAGUGGCUGCUAUCGGUGUGGGAAAGAAGGGCACUGGUCCAAAGAGUGCCCAGUAGAUCGUACGGGUCGUGUGGCAGACUUUACUGAGCAGUAUAACGAACAAUAUGGAGCAGUUCGCACACCUUACACCAUGGGCUACGGGGAAUCCAUGUAUUACAACGAUGCAUAUGGAGCACUCGACUACUAUAAGCGAUACCGGGUCCGCUCUUAUGAGGCAGUAGCAGCGGCGGCAGCGGCUUCUGCAUACAACUACGCAGAGCAGACCAUGUCCCAUCUGCCUCAAGUCCAAAGCACAACUGUGACCAGCCACCUCAAUUCUACUUCUGUUGAUCCCUACGACAGACACCUAUUGCCAAACUCUGGCACUGCUGUCACUUCAGCUGCUAUGGCUGCUGCUGCGGCCACCACUUCCUCCUACUAUGGAAGGGACAGGAGCCCACUGCGUCGUGCUGCAGCCAUGCUCCCCACAGUUGGAGAGGGCUACGGUUAUGGGCCAGAGAGUGAGUUAUCUCAGGCUUCCACAGCUACACGGAAUUCUCUGUAUGACAUGGCCCGGUAUGAACGGGAGCAGUAUGUGGACCGAGCCCGGUACUCAGCCUUUUAAAAACUGGAGGUGUGAACCUCAAAUGGACUGAAUAACCCUGAGUUGGUUGCAGUCCCAGGAGCCUGAUGUUAAUGAGGCUGCCAGGAUGAAAUACUCCACAACUGUUGGGGAUCCAAAUUCGGGUCUCACCCUAGCAGAAAUGAUCCAAGAACGUCACAACUUUUGAAGUCGAUUGGCACAGAUCAAGACCAAGAUUUGGCCCUUUGUCUGUAAUAAGUAGAGGAACUUGGUGUGAGUUAACUUUUUUUUUCCCCCAGCCAUUGGUGUCUGGAGUUCCCAUCAUCAAUAGAAGGAUUAGAGAAUUGUAGAAGUGAUUUCUUCUUUUGAUUUGGCAAGGGAGAUUUGGUCAUUAGGGGAACUACUGGAACUGUGGCUCUCACUCUGUGACAGUGUGACAUGUAGGUGUGUUGGAAUUGGGUGAAUGACUGGCUGCUCCUUGAUACCCUACCCCUUGUGAACAUCAUUUCUGAAAGCUUGUUUACUGUGAAAGAUUAAAACAAAAUACAUUUAGAAUAGUGCAAUUUGCCAUAUGUGACAUCUCAGCAUCUUCUGCUUUUCCUGGACCCCAAAAUUAAAUUGCAGUUCUUGAAAAUGUAUGUAUGCCCUUUGUUACACCAACAGUAGCCUUCUGUCACAGGGGUUAUCUUGCCUAAAAGAUGGAUAAGAUGUAUUUAUCACCAACACAUUCUUCAGCUAGAUUGCAUCUUGUCCUAUAUAUAUAGCCAUAAGUAGAUUCCUAUAUAUAGCUAUCGAUAGACUCCUAGGUAAUUACAUGGGAUAUGAGUUAGAUCCAGUCUGACUUGGUUUUGUUUUGUUCUUUUUUUUUCCCCCGUGGAAUACAGGACGGGACCCAGGGCGCUUGUACUCGGAGCCAGGCUGCUCUCCAGGCAUUGUGUAAGCCUCUUGUGUUGUGCUCUCUUUCAGGUAGGAUAAUUGCGGACUGAACCCUCGGGCUGCGGUCAUAUAUGAGAACUUGCUCCGCGCGGUCCCCUUUGCCGGGAUGUUUCCAUUGCUUCAUGUUUCAGUAAACAAAAGGAGUUUGUGACCAACUAUGUUUUCUUUCCUAAUUCUUCUAAGUUGACUUUUCUUUCCUCCUGAAACUAGUCUCUGUAGCUUUUCACUCUGUUCCUUAUAUUCUCAGCCUCUGAACAGCCCUAGGUAAGGAUUAUGCUGGCAUCCCCUUUUUCCUGUGCAGUGGAACACCUCUUAUCUUGCUUUCCCUAGGAGUUGAAUCCUUCUCCCUGCCUACCUGCAGCAUCUCCUUUCCCUUUAAAAUGACCAUGUAGUGGCAAGCAUUACUCUUCUGUUAGCUCUGGACUCUUAACACUGAAGUUAACUCUGCUGAAAUUGCUAGGACCAUUGGGGGUUUUGUUGUUUUGUUUGUUUUGUUUUUUUAUGUCCGACCUGUGAUCGUGGUACAGCAUUAGCUGAAAUUUACCCUUGUUUUACUCCACUCCUCCCUUUUUUUUAAAAAAAAAUUUUUGACAAAUAAACGUUUCUAACACUUAAAUA